AUGGGAUGUUGGUAUUCAAACAUCAUUCUGAGACAUCUUGUCUUACCUCUGCUUUAUUUUAACCCUUCACUGUCUUACUCACUGAAAAACUGCACCAUCGAUUAUCGUGAGAAUCCCUCUGCUGAUGUUUCUUUGGACUGUACAAACCGUGAACUUCUGACUGUCCCUGAUGACCUCCCCAGAGAUGCUGUCUCAGUAAACCUCUUCAACAAUAAGCUUGAGAAAAUUCACAGAGACGACUUUGGUGACAUGCCAAAGCUGAUAUGUGUGAGCCUUGACUUGAAUAAAAUUGCUCAUGUGGACGAUGGAGCUUUCAUCCGUCUGGUGGCAUUGAAGAAACUCUGCAUGCAGGAUAACAGACUCACCAACCUGACAGGCGGCCUCUUUCAGGGACUGUCCGACCUCACCAUGCUCGAUCUGCGUAGGAACCAGAUUCAGUUCAUUCAUAGGAUGACCUUUCAGCACCUGACCAGCUUAGAAACUGUGUUUCUGGACUCCAACAGGCUCCAACAAGUCACCAGCAUUCAGUCCAUCCUGCAGCUACCUCACAUUCAGAAGCUGACCAUUAGUUCCAAUCUGUUUUCAUCCUUUCAGACCAAAGAUCUGCCACCCAAUGUGUCCUCUAGUCUGACAAUGUUGGGUCUGUCUUCUAAUAAGCUGAAAGAGUUCAGCAUCACAACACCAAUCUUUCGUGAUCUUCACUUAAUAGACCUAUCGCUCAAUAAUGAUCUGAUGUGGGACAUACCUGACAAAGCAUUACUAAGGAACAUAACUCAGCUGUAUCUUAGUUUCCCUCUAGCGUCCACUGAAGAGUUCCAAAAAAUCUUGCAGAAUCUCGACUCACUGAUGCAUCUGAGAUUGAAUUAUAAAGGCAAGUGGAGUGAGAAAGGUCUUUUAUCUAUGAUCUGCCAAAUACCAACCCUCAGGAGACUCGAUCUGUUCGACAACCAUCUCACCAAUUCGACCGGAGAACUUGUGAAUUGCUCUCAGCUCACUGAGCUUGAUCUGUCCAACACAGACAUGAUCAAACUGUCAAAAGGCUCCAUACACUCCAUGAAGCAACUCAGAUCUCUGACUUUACAUACCAACUUGCUCACCAAUGUGCCAGAUGACAUCCGGAGUCUCUUCUCCCUUGAGAGCUUAAGUAUAUAUCACAAUCUCAUCUCUGAGGUGGGUUGUGAGGCUUUUGUGAACACAACACAACUGUCAGAACUUGACUUAAACUCCAACCGCAUUACAAAACUGGAUGGGUGCAUCUUUGAAAAUCUUAACAACCUGAAGGUCUUAGACCUGAGUCAGAACCAGCUGUUCACAGUAGGAAACACUUUCAGGACUGGCUUGCAGAAGCUGGAGUUCUUGGACUUGAGAAAUAAUGUUCUGUCUAUUUUUAAAAGAGGAAAUUUUCUAGGCCUAUAUUCCCUAAUAAGUUUGAAUGUGUUAUCAGACAAUAUUGGGAGGGUGAGAGAACAGGCAUUUGAAGGACUGAAGAACCUUAAAAGUCUUAUUUUAUCUCUUCCACUCGAUUACGAAACUACCUUCAGAGAAUUACAGCACUUGGAAAAUCUUACAAUCAACUUUAAGAUUCAUGACAGUUUCAGAAGUCCUUAUCCAAACAAUCACAGAGCAUUCUUUUAUUUAAAAUCUUUGAAAAGAUUCACAGUAAUCUGUGAAAGUGAUCAUGCUGGCUUCCCUUUAGACGUACCAAGUGAAAUGCUCCAGGCUAUGACAUACUUAGAGGACUUUACAGCUGUGAACAUCUAUAUUUCUGCUCCUCAUCCAGACACGUUUCAGUUCAAUCCCCAGCUGAAGAAUCUGACAAUAAGAAAGACAGAUUUGUCAGAUCUGGACCCUGAACUCUUUCAUCCUAUACCAAACCUGCAGGUGCUGGAUCUUUCUAACAGUAAACUUAAAUCUUUGGAUUUUCUGAUGCAGGCCAACUUGUCUGGACUCAGAUCUCUCAAACUCAGUGACAAUGAGUUGAUGAUAAUUAAUGAGACAGUGUUCCAGUUUCUCCCUGCCUUGACAUACCUGGACUUGGACAAUAACCCAUUCACCUGUGACUGUUUGAAUGCUGGCUUCAUCCACUGGGUGAAGAGCAACAAGCAAACUCAGGUUGUUAAAGGCUACCAGUACACUUGUUCCUUUCCUGUGGCCCAACAAGGACAACUGUUGGUGGACUUUGACACGGAAUCCUGCUUCAUGGACCUCAACUUUGUCUGCUUCUCCUCCAGCACUUGUCUGGUUCUUUUAACUCUGCUCACAUCUUUCAUCCACCACUUCCUAAAGUGGCAGCUUGUCUAUGCCUUUCAGCUGUUCCAAGCCUUCCUCUAUGACAGCAGGAAGAGGAAGAAGGGAGUUCCUCAUCGCUAUGAUGCCUUUAUCUCCUACAAUGUCCAUGACGAGGAUUGGGUUUACCAAGAGAUGCUUCCAGUGCUGGAAGGAGAGCAGGGCUGGAGACUCUGUCUGCACCACAGAGACUUCCAACCAGGUAAACCUAUAAUUGAGAACAUCACAGACGCCAUUUACAGCAGCAGGAAGACCAUCUGUGUGAUCAGCCGCCGCUACCUGGAGAGUGAGUGGUGCUCCAGAGAGAUCCAGAUGGCCAGCUUCCGGCUGUUUGACGAGCAGAAGGAUGUGUUGAUCCUGCUCUUUCUGGAGGAGAUCCCGGCCCAGCAGCUGUCUCCAUACCACCGCAUGAGGAAGCUAGUGAAGAAACGCACCUACCUGAGCUGGCCUCAGGCUGGCCAACACCCAGGAGUCUUCUGGCAGAACGUCCAGAGAGCUCUGGAGACAGGAGACACUCCAAAUACAGACCUACUGACUGGACCAGCAGGAUGCUGA